GUGCAUGUGGACUGACGUGCUUCAGCUUCAUUCUGUCGGUUAUGAUGGCAACUUGUCAUUUUGCCGAGGCGUUAUCUACCUGCUUAGCUGUGUUGACACAGCCAGCGGCAGAACAGCAGUGUUAGAAAAUAUUGCUUCCCGGGUACUCAUUAUGCAUGCUAGAGGUAUUUUAGACGGGUAUGUGUAAAAUAUUUUGGAAACCAUGAAUUAGUGUUCUUCCAUUUCACAAUUAUGGAGUAUUUUGCAUAGGUGUCUCAUAUAAAAUCUGAAUUUUACGGUCGUAAUGGGAGAAGGCGUAGAAAUGUUCACGGAGUGUGAAUAUUUUUGCAUGGCACCGUAUGUUUGUCAUGGUUUUUUGACUCAUAUCAUGGCGAACUAUUGCCUCCAGCUGGCCUAUACAUCAUUAUUUCCGUAUAAUGAAAUGCUUUCCCCAUGGCUCAACAGUCUGUGUGAUUUAACAUUUAUUUCCAGGCUGCUUGAAUAUGCUUAUGAUGUAUCACCAAACUGAUUCAUCCUGAAAUGACUUCUCCUUCUCCUGCCCUGUCUGUUUGUCCUCACGGAUCCUGCGUGCGUGUGUGUGCGUUUGAACGUAUGCGUCUUUGCCUCGCCUGGCAGUGAGAUAAAGGCCCGAUGUCGCACCGUAGCCCCAGGCUGCUGAGCUGAAAGGGGAGAAGCAGCAGGAUGCAGUGGGUCACUCUGGUGGUGGCCCUGGGGUGCGCCCGCCUGUCCCAGGCGUCGCGUGGCCCCACUCCCACACCCACCUCCACACACACCCCUCUGGUGGACAACUCGGAGGAGGAAGUGGACGAGCCGUGCUUUGAGCCGUGCACGUGCGAGGUCAAAGAGGGCGUGCUGCACGUGCACUGCGACGGGCGGGGCUUCACCAACGCCAGCCAGGUGUCACAGUCAUGGAUCCGCCCUUUCAAACUCAACCUCCAGAGGAACUCUUUCAGACGUCUCUAUAGCAACGGGUUUCAGCACCUUGGCAACGCGGUAUCGAUGAACCUUGGCAACAAUGCACUCCAGGACAUCCGAGUGGGGGCCUUUAACGGGCUGGCCAAACUCAAGCGCCUGUACCUCCACGAGAACAAGCUGGAGGUCUUCAGAAACGACACGUUCGCCGGUUUAGAGGCCCUGGAAUACCUCCAGGCCGACUACAAUGUGAUCAAACGGAUCGACAGCGGCGCUCUGAGGUUUCUCUACAAGCUUCGGGUUCUCAUACUGAAUGACAAUCUGAUCCCCGUCCUGCCCGCUCAUCUGUUCAGAUCUGUGUCUCUGACUCAUUUGGACCUACGGGGAAACCGUCUGAAGAGCCUAGCAAAAGACGGGACGCUGCAGUACAUCGGCCGCUCCCUGAUGGAGCUGCAGCUGGAGGAGAAUCCCUGGAACUGCAGUUGCGAGGCGGUGGAGCUCCUGCAGUGGCUGGGUCAGAUCCCCUACACGGCUGUCGUCGGGGACGUUACCUGCGAAUACCCGUUUCAUCUUCACGGAAAGGACUUGAGGGAAAUCCCCCGCAAAGAGCUGUGUGCUGACCUGCCGGAUAAAGAGCACCAGGGAGAGAGAGGCGCUCCAUCAGCGGGAUCCCAGCCCCAGCCUCUGCCCCCAAACUCUAAACACAACUCCCAUCCCGGGAGAGCCAGGCCGACGAGGCCAUCGUCUAUGGUGCAUGGCUCCCGACAGAACACUCUCGCAUCCUCCACUUUGUCCCCCUACACUUCAGCGGAGCGUAAAGAGAGGGAGAAGCAGCUGAAGCCAACUAAAAGGCCUCGAUCCUCCAACCGAACACCGCCCACCGCUCGCAGCCUGAUGCCCAACCAGAACCCCCCUGUGGCGGGCUACCAGACGCGGCCGCCCAUACCCAUCAUCUGCCCCAUCCGUUGCACCUGCAAUCUGCACAUCGCCGACCUGGGCCAAACCCUCAACUGCAAAGAGAACGGUUUCCGCAACAUGUCCCAGCUCAUACCGCGGCCCCUCAACGGCCGAAAGCUCUUCCUGGGAGGGAACUUCAUCCAAAAGCUCGUCCGCUCCGACUUCUGGAACUUCUCCAGCCUCGACCUGAUUCACUUCGGGAACAACCGCAUCAGUUUCAUCCAGGAGGGGGCCUUCUCCAGCCUAGUGAACCUGAGGACCCUCCACCUGAAUGAGAACGAGCUGGACAGGUUGAGCCCCCACAUGUUCCUGGGACUUCAGAACCUGAGGUUCCUUUACUUGGAGAACAACAAGAUCAGUGUGGUAGAUCCCGACACCUUUGACUCUAUGCCGUCCCUUGAGUUGCUGUUUCUCAACUACAACGCUUUGCGGAGCCUCCCUGUCGGUGUAUUCUCUGGAGUCAAGCUGUCUCGCCUCAACCUGAGAAACAACGUCUUCCAGCAUCUGCCGGUGGAGGGUGUGCUGGAACACCUUAGAGGACUGGUGCAGGUGGACCUGCAGCAGAACCCAUGGGAGUGCAACUGUGAAGCGGCUCCACUGAAGCGUUGGCUCGAGGGGCUCAGCACUAUGAUUCUUAUGGGGGAGGCGGUCUGCAAGUCGCCCGAAAAGACUCAAGGCGUGGCCCUGCGCUCCCUGUCCAUGGAGCUGCUCUGUCCUGAGCUGGAGCCCCAGGAGGGCCGCGAGCUGGAGGAGCAGAUGGCAAACUCCACAGAUGCAGGAGGAAAUGUAUCCGUGUACCCUACGCCUGGGCUGGGACCCCUCGCCCCUCCGUGGAUAGAUUCGAUCCCUCUGUCGGUGUUGGUGCUCAGCCUGCUGGUGUUGUUCGUCUCGGCUUUCUUCGCAGCGGCGGCACUAAUCGCCUACGCCCUGAGGGUUAGGGAAAAGCUGCCGUUCCGUCGCCAGGGAGAGGUAGACUUGGCCGGCAUACAGAUGGAGUGCGGGAUCUUCACAGAGCAGACGCACCACCACCACCACCACCACCACCUUCACCACGACCUGCCUGAAAAGCCCCCGUUGCCUCUGGCCGAACACAACCACGUCUACGACACCAUCUUGCCCCGAGAGGCGGCAGCGAAAGGAGCCGACCCCGCCGCCGCCUCACACAUGUGUAGCAACCCGAUGUUCAAAGACCAACAGGACGCAGAUGUGAACCAGCAACUGCAGCAGCAGCAGCAGGCGCAGCAGCAGCAGGCGUUUACGGCUUCGAAGGAGUGCAAGGGAGGAUACUGCCCUACGCCGGAGAAGGAGAAGGAGUGGACCCUGGAGGUGUCUUCAUCCCCCAUCAACACCAUCACAGGGGCAAUGGGCGCACUUGCUGGCCUCCACGGGAAUGGCAUCCUGUGUCCCACGGUCAUCGACAGCCAGGGUCCCACUCCUAAGGUGGAGCUUGUGGACUGUCUCUUCCAACUCCCCACCCCUGAGUUCAGAGAUCUGCCCGACAGGUACGGGAGGCCCCCGCCCUGCUACCCCCGCACCCAGGACUCCAAACAGGAAGUGAGACCUGACCAGACAUUCGUGGUCACCACUGCCAGCUCGUCAGCCGGAAGUGGCCACGGCAGCCAGAGUGAGCAGGGAGAUGGAGAGCAGAGACCCAGACUGAGGACCAAACCAGACUACAUGGAAGUUCUGGACCGGUCCUAUCAGUUUUAACACUCCUCCUCCCUUUAAUUCCUCUCCUCCCUCCUUCCUGCUACCAUUUUUUUCUCUUGUCUGCUCAUCAUCUCCCUUUCUGCUGAUGAAUCACCCAGUAACAUUGACUCCUCCUGUACAGAGGUUGGUUUUCAGAGGAGCCUGUGGGGGAGUGGGACUACACUACAACGCCGUGUUUUAUUCCAGGACCUGAGGUCAGGUUUUGUAUUUUUCCCCCACUACUGGCACAUGGGUUGGUAUUUGGCAAGGAUUAGCUGAACCAGGAUCUCUGCCUCUGGGCAAAACUUCAGCUGCAGAUACCGCUGCUUUUUAUUUUUCCUCCACAGUCCUACAUUGCGAUAAAAAGGCUUCGUUUUUCCACCAAACGCCACAAUUAGCAGGCUGCAGCACGGCUGUGGGCGUUAAUGCUCAUAAUAUCACUCUCAAAGGACCUGCGUGGAGGUGAAAAAAAAAAAAACACAGCUCUUAACAACAUCAAAAACAAGAGUCAUGAACCUCGACAGCCCGAAGGCCUGGAGCGAGCUGGGCAUGCACGUUGAGACAGAGGAGCGGCCGAGACAACCCAAGAAGAAGAAGAAAAAUAACCGAAUAUAGCCAAGUGCCUUAGCAAUGAACAGCCAGCAGUAUGGUCAAUGCUUAUUUUUCUAUAAAUACAGAUCUAUUUAUCUAAACAAAGAGGUUUGACUACCAACGGACGGGACGCUGAUGGACAACUGAGACUAAUCAAGGACCUGAAGAGUAAUUGCAUUCCCUGGAUGAGCCAAAAAUAAUAACCUACCCAGUCAAUAUUGGAGUUGUUUGUAUGCAGUUCUGUUGACUUUUCUUCAUCUCAUCCGGUCAAACUUAGUUUGCUUAUCUGGAUUUCUUUACAGGGCUAUGACGGGGACUAAUUCGGGAUUGUCGCAGAGCGAGAUUCUGGAAAGAUUUUGGAAGUUCUUAUUAUUGUUACUAUCGUUUCAAUGGGAAACAAAAGCGAGGAAGGCAGGACCACAGAAGAACACCGAGCCAAUGGAUGCAUUUUGGAUUUCUUUAUCUCUCAGACUUAGCCGGGCCACAAGGACCUCUGCUUUAUGUUUUAUUCCACCCGACAAAGGCACAGAGGUUAUUGUAUUCUUUUUCUUUAAAGUAUUUCUCAGAGGAAAUAUUGAAUGACAACAAAGACAAAGGACAAAAAAAAAGCAGGUGUAGAGGCAUUUUUUUUUCUGUUGUUCAAAAAAAAAGACACUUCUAUCAACUACUGGUUAAUAUCUUUUAUGGAGAUACUUUUUAUGCUUUCAUCUCCAAACAAUAGUAGAGGCAGUUGUGAAUAUAUUUAUUCUUAGUUUUUGCGUGUUGAAGCUCUCCUGUAAGGGAUCAUGUUAUAUUAAUGUAUAGGAUGAUUCUGCAUCUGGUUCAGCCUUCUUACCGCCGACCCACGAAGUACAAUAAAGGGUGCUACAUUAAAAAAAAAAAGAAAAAAAGAGACUUUC